GGUAGUAUAGAUGUGAGUUGUAAGCAGGCUCUUCCGUUCUCUUUUUACGUCUCUCUCCUCAAGGAGACCCGAAGUGAGACUCUGCUGCACGUACGUAGAAACCAUUUCUCCUGAUUUCCAACUUGCAACAUCGCGGAGCUGCACUCAGUUAGCGGUAGGGGUGUGCAGAAAGUCUGAAAAUAGAUGUCGGAAGGACAUACAUAUCUCCUCGAAUGAUGCACAUGUUGCUACACGCUGUUCAGGCUGAACGUAACUUGCUGCAGGACAUAGGUUCUGCCGUGAGAGCAGGGUCAGCCCAACCGAUUUCCGCCUAUUGCUUAGUACUCCCAUGCACCACUAUCUUUAUCGAUGACGAGCGGACAUUGUUUCCCUUCUUUCGAUAUGGUGAAUGAGCCUGUCUCUCGGAUUCGAAGUGCAAUGGCCCCAAACGUGCGAAUCGCCUAUAUAGACAUGCCGCCGCCUGCCGCCGGGCUGGAUGACGCAACUCCCACAUUAUGGGAAGCGACACCGCCAUACAGAAGACCAACGUACGAUCGAUAUCUUAUCGCACGUCUGCAGUGGUCCAACGUGGCACGAUUUUCGGCGUCUUGCGAAGACGCCUUUCAGAACAGUGAACGAUGUUGCCGACUUCACAGAAGGUGUAAGAAAGCCAUGCAGGAAGUGACCACGGAGAAAUGCGGAACACAGCGGGAGCGACGCUGCGAAUUAGAAGGUAACAAGGCUACGAAAGAUGAACAUCAAUAGUUACGAGCGAACAUCUGACAAUUGCUUCCGGCCAUAACAUCAACAUUCAGGUGAGACGGACGAACCUUGCGUGCGACACUGACCAUUCCAGCCAAGCGUUAUCACACAGCGUGGUGAAACGGUACAACGGACGGAGUAAGCGAGACGCAUGUGAGAGCAAAUCGCCAGGUCCUGAGAUUUCGCGCGAGCAUGGACAUCUAGGGGUCGAUGAGCC